AAAAAAAAUAAGUGGGCCGGUUCGGCCCGGCCCGGUUGGGCCCGGAACCGGGACCGGAACCGGCCACCGGCGGUUCGGGCCCGGGCCUCCCAUUUCCUGGCCCGAGGCCCGGCCAGGCCCAGGCCCGAACCGGGCCCGAACCGGCCAGAGUCCAGGCCUAAAUUGGACCAUUGCUCUGAUCGGAAAUUCCGAAUUCGGAAGUAGUAGUAUUUUAUAUGAGAAAUUCUAUUUACAGUCCUAUAAUUACUAAUUACAGUCACAUAAUAAAAAUUAAAUAAUUAUAUACUUUUGAAAUAUCUAUUUUACGCUCCCACUUUAAUGAACACAUACGAACAGCUUCACACUUCUUCAUCAGGGAUUCAGGAUAUUCCGUCUCUACGUGGAUGAAGGGCCAACAAUCACCAUAUUUGGGAGUUGGGACGAUCGAUUGAGCAAAUCAUCUUCAUCUAAUCAUCUUUAGGGAUUUAAGUUUCUCCAACACAAAGGUAAAAUAGAUUUGCAUCUGAACGAUAUUUCCAGCCCAAGGAAAUAAAGACUCCAGGCUAAAGAUAUACAGUAUAACUCACCCAGUAGUAUGACUUCUUCAUGAAGAGAAGAAAAUGACACAACUCUUCCGCGAUCCUCCUUCUACGGCUCAGCAGGAAUCCAGCGGUAGUAGUGCACUAGUGCUUCUAGAGACAGGCACUCUCAGCCUUCUUGCAUCAGUACAACGAUGGAAACGAUGCCUAUUGGAAUGUUUGUGUACCGGAGGAAAACAUCGGAGGCAAUGUCGAUUGUGUACCGUGAGCCUAUUGGAACCCCGACGAACCCCGACUAGUUUAUCCUCCAACGAGUGGUCUCUCUCAGCAAGUCAUUCUUUCCAUUCUCUUCCCCAGCGAUCCACACCGGUAGUUCUUUCUUCUCCAACUGGCUAGUGUGUUGCCUAUGACGAUCUUGGAUCUUCAAAGUGGCCGUGUAAAAAAUAAUUGUUCAAAGCUUGUCAUUAAUGACCAAGAAAAGUCAAUAUGACAUACCCCGUACAUAGUACCUUUUUAGGACAGGGUAAUAUUAAGUACUGAGAAUUAAAUUAAAUAUCGAAGGGUGUGGUCCACUUUGAGUCUAAACGUUGUGAUCUGAUUGUAUUAUUGAGAAUUUUAGUUGAAAAUGAUAUUAUGUCCAAUUUGGU